AACAGAGCAGGUAGCCUUGGGACUGGGACACGAGCUGGGCGAUGGGCAGCAGCAGGUUCCGCCAAGGGCUCGCUCUUGUCCACCAAAUCAUAGCGGCAGCGCCAGGCUGCACUGGGCUCAGGGAUAGACAGGUUCAUCAGGGUUCUCAGAGCAGUGGGAGCUGUGGAUGGUCCCGCAUGGUCAGGCCUGCUGUUGCACACCGGGUCGGUCCAGGCCUGCUUGUGGCACCGGCUGCAUCUCUUUGCUGGACACCCUGUCGUGAUCCCUGAUGCUGGCUCCCAGCCCCAGAUGGCAAUGGCUGUGACUCCGGACUCCCUUUGCUCUCUGGGUUCAACCACAUGGACACCCACACCUGAGUCUUCAGGCACCCUAGUCAUGGCUUUCCUGCCUCAGCUGAGCAGCUGAGGGUGGGGUGCAUGGGGUGCCCAGCAUCACGGUAGCUCCGGGCUCUGCUCCCAGCCCUUUCCAUGGACUCCCGGGCCUGUCCAGCUGAGAGCGGGACUCAUGGGGUCCCCAGUGUCUCUGGAGCCCCAGGCUCUGCUCCCAGUCCUGCCCAUGGGCUCCCGGGCUUGUCCAGCAGGCUCCUGGGGGACCAUCAGGCUGGGGGCGGCCCCCGGCCUCGGCCUGCUGACCCUCUUCUCAGGGAUCGUUUUAUCACCAACAGGAUGUACAUGGUUAACCAUUGGCGUUUGGGCAGAUAGGCGUAACUUUGAAAUAGGAAGUGGUAACUCAGUAAGUAGCCUGCUUUUGCAGGCCCUAGCCUCACAGGAUUCUGUGAACGCCUGUCAGAGAUUGUGUCUGACUGAUGGGCUGGCCACCCCACUGGGGCUGUGGGGGACAGUCACCUGGGACCGCAGCACUUCCGAAGACCCUCCCUGCUCUGCUGUCCCCUCUGCCGACGAGCCUGCGUGGCUGAGCUGGCGGCCGCCUCCUCUUCCAGGCCACACCCAGCAGCACCAUGGACAAGGACACCCUGAACGCCAGCGACGCCUACUACUUCGAGGACGAUUACACCGGCUUUGGGAACGCCUCGUACUAUCCCAUCGAGGACGGCGCCCUCCUCUGCUCCCAGCAGGGCGCGCGCGACUUCUCCCGGGUGUUCGUACCGGUGGCCUACUCCGUCAUCUGCGUCUUCGGCCUGCUGGGCAACACCCUGGUGGUCAUCACCUUCGCCUGCUACAAGAAGGCCAAGUCCAUGACGGACGUCUACCUCCUGCACAUGGCCUUGGCCGACGUGCUCUUCGUCCUCACGCUGCCGUUCUGGGCCGUCGACCAUGCCGCCGGGACGUGGGUGUUCAGUAACGCCCUGUGCAAAGUCCUCAAGGGCACCUACGCCGUCAACUUCCACUGCGGCAUGCUGCUGCUCACCUGCGUGAGCCUGGACCGCUACGUGGCCAUCGUGCAGGCCACCAGGUCCUUCCGGCUCCGCUCCAGGACCUUGGCGCACAGCAAGGCCGUCUGCCUGGCCGUGUGGCUGCUGGCCAUCGUCAUCUCCAGCUCGGCCUUUACCUUCAGCCAGAAGUACGAGCUGCAGGGCCGCCAGGUGUGCGAGCCCAGGUACCAGACUGUGCUGGAGCCGGUGCGGUGGAAGCUGCUGGUGCUGGGCCUCGAGCUGCUCUUCGGCUUCUUCGUGCCACUGGCCUGCAUGGGCUUUUGCUACCUGUUCAUCGUCAAGACGCUGGUGCAGGCCCAGAAUUCCAAGCGGCACAGAGCCAUCCGUGUCAUCCUGGCUGUGGUGCUGGUGUUCCUGGCCUGCCAGAUCCCCCACAACGCGGUGCAGCUGGUGACGGCUGCCAACCUGGGCCGCGCGGGCCGCUCCUGCGAGCGCGAGCGUCUGCUCGGCUACGCCAAGAACGUGACGGAGGUGCUGGCCUUCCUGCACUGCUGCCUCAACCCUGUGCUCUACGCCUUCAUCGGCCACAAGUUCAGGAGCUACUUCCUCAAGAUCAUGAAGGACUUCUGGUGUUUGGGCAGGAAGCGCCCAGUGCCCGGCAGCUCCUCCUCCAGGGCCUACUCCGAGACUGGCCCCGCCAGGCUGGCCAGUGAGACCGUGGACAACGACAAUGUGUCGUCCUUCACCAUGUGACAGGUGGAGGACGCCAUGGCUACAGGGGAAUGCCCGACAGGAUCUGGCCGGUGUCUUACAGGACAGGGCUGUAGCAUGCUCUCGGGUCACGUGGGUCCCUGUGAGAUCCCCAAAUGUCCUUCCCAAGAAAUGCUGGUGAACCCAGAGCCCCUCAUGGGGCUUGGGCAAGCUGGGUCACAGUGACUUGUUUGCAAGUCUGGAAGUUUUCAGACAAGUUCCUAAAGCAAUGUCAGAUGGCCACUUCCGGCUCGCGCACAGCUUUAACAACGCAGCACUGCCGCCUGCAGGACCAGCAUCCCACA